GGCCAAAUGUUUGGCCGCUCUUGCACCGCUGGCGGUGGCGGCACCGGCGGCGGUGGCAGUGUUGUUAGUGCGUCAUCGUCGGUGGCGCGCUGUAGUCUGUUGAUGACGGACUCUUCCAGUAGUAUAAGCCGCAUCAUUGGCAUGUCUGGUGCCAGGGAGAAGACGACUUACCAGCAAGUCCUUACCGAGGACAAUGUCUUCGAGAAUCUCGUCAAGAUGGAGUACGCCGUGCGCGGACCGCUGCUCCUACGUGCCAUCGAACUUGAAAAGGAGCUGCUAAAGGGAGCCAAGAAACCGUUCAAGGAAGUCAUCAAGGCGAACGUUGGAGAUGCUCAUGCUAUGGGACAGAAGCCCGUCACUUUCCUUAGACAGGUGUUGGCCAUCGCACUCUAUCCUAAGCUGCUUGACGAUCCCAAGUAUCCACGUGAUGUGAAAGAACGUGUAUUGACGAUUCUUAGUGGUUGUAAAGGAUCAAGUCUGGGAUCGUAUUCGGAAUCUGCUGGAAUCGAAAUAAUUAGAAAACACGCAGCCAAGUACAUCGAGGAUCGUGACAGUGGAAUUCCUAGUAAUUACAAUAAUAUUAUUUUAUCGAACGGAGCGUCCGACGGUAUCAAGUCAUUCUUGAAGCUUUUCAACGAGAAGAUCAAUGGCAAGCCUUCGGGUGUGCUCAUACCCAUCCCCCAGUAUCCCCUUUACUCGGCUACCCUUGCUGAAUUCGGGCUCGCCCAGUGCGGAUACUUCUUAAACGAGGACAACAAUUGGGGCCUCGAUAUCUCCGAGCUCGAGCGUGCCCUUAAUGCUUCCAGAGCUAACAGCAAUCCUCGCGUACUUGUUGUGAUCAAUCCGGGUAACCCGACCGGGCAGGUUCUUACCCGCGAGAAUAUUGAGAAUAUUAUCAAGUUUGCCUACAAGAACAGGCUGUUCCUACUGGCCGACGAGGUCUACCAGGAUAACAUAUAUCACAAAGACUGCUGCUUCUAUGCCUUUAAGAAGGUUAUGUUCGAGAUGGGCGAACCCUACUCCAAGAUGGAGCUCGCUUCUUUUAUGUCCAUUUCCAAAGGCUACAUGGGCGAAUGUGGCCUUCGUGGUGGCUACGCCGAGAUUGUGAACAUGGAUCCAAAGGUCACGGCUAUCUUGAUGAAGUCAAUCUCAGCGACUCUUUGUCCUACGGUAGUUGGCCAGGCUGCCAUGGACGUAGUGGUGAACCCCCCGAGACCUGGAGAACCCUCUUACGAGCAAUUUAUUAAGGAAAAGGAAGACACUCUUAGCUCACUUGCCGAUAGGUCGCGUUUCGUCGUCGACACCCUCAACAGCAUUCCUGGAUUUCACGCGAAUCCAGCGAUGGGUGCCAUGUACAGCUUUCCACGACUCGACCUUCCGGAAAAGGCUAUACAAGCAGCGAAGGCUGUCGGCCAAGCACCGGAUGUUUUCUACGCGUUUAAACUUUUGGAGGCAACCGGCAUCUGUGUGAUCCCAGGCUCAGGCUUCGGCCAAAAGCCCGGCACGUUUCACUUUAGAACAACCAUAUUACCCCAGAAAGAAAAAAUCAAGUCGAUGCUGAGUAGUCUAAAGGAAUUUCAUCUUAAGUUCCUUAAGGAGUUCAGCUAAACUAAAUGGCGGUGAAUUAUUUUAUUUUUAGUGCAUAAAAUGAAAGUAUAAAAGAAUGUAAAAAUGAUCGAAUGAAAAACUAAUAACUAUUCUUUAUCUUAUUCGAUCGGGUGCAUCUUUCGCAAUCGUAGUAUGUACACGGGACUAUUUAUAUUGCAUGCGUGUAGGAAACACGAUUGUUAACUACUAUUGAAUUUUCGUACACGGCUUUUUGUAGAUCGCUAAUUUUCCUUAUUUAUAAUUGUUAAUUUUUAAUAGAUUUGUAAAUAAAUUAUGAAUUUGUCUGUAAUUAAAUUGUUAAUGUUUUUCAUGUAUGUAGACUCAUCUGAACAAUAAGAAAUAAAAUUUUUCAACAAAA